CCCUCCCCCCCCCCCCCCCCCUUUCCGAUUUCCGGCCUCCCCACCCACACAACCCUCACCCUCAAAAUCGACCACCCCACCCACGACUUUUUCAUCGGAGUUGGCCAAGGAAGCGGAUUCAACUGCUGGCGAGAUCAUGCUUUUCGGUGUUCGUGUUGUCGCUGAUUCCUUGAGGAAGAGUGUUUCGUUGAAUAAUCUCUCUCGGUAUGAACAUCGCCUUGAUUCUUCUUCUUCAAACGACGUCGCUCCUCCUCUUGCUACUGGUGGUGGUUAUGCUUCUGCCGAUGAUGCAGUUGUUAUGAAUAAUGCGUGUGAUGCUGGUGGUGUUAGUCGUGAACGGAAACGAGAGGAGUUCCAUGGACUGAAGAUGAACACAAGCUAUUUUUACUUGGAUUGAAUAAGGUUGGUAAAGGUGAAUCGAAAAGGGAUGGGGAAGGGGGUUUUGGGUGGGGUGGCCGGAAUCGAAAACCGAUGGGAAGGGGAUGGGUUUUGGGUAGGGUGGCUGGAAAUCAGAGAGGGAGAGGAAGGGGGGUGGGGUUUCGGGGUGGUGGAGGAAGGGGGGUUGGGUUUCGCAGGUUAGGGGAUUGCGGCGGGAUAGGGGAGGGGUCGCUGGUGGCCGACGCGCCUCCCGGUGCUAGCCCCGGCGGUAGGGGGUGGUGGCGGCUAAGGUUUUGGGGUGGGCAGGGGGCUCGACGACAGGGAGGACGUGGUGGCUGGCCACCUCUGAGUUCCCCUUUUUUUAAUUUUUUUUGUUAUUUUUGUUAUUUUUUAUUAUUUUUUUUGAAUUUUUUUUGGUUUUUUUUUUAAUUUUUGUUUAAUUUUUUUUUUUUUUAAAACGGACCAAUCAGAAGGUGAAACGUGGCAAGUGGUAGGGUCAACUAACGGGCACUGACGGUCAACUAACGGAAAUGGCAUAUGGUGAUAUUGUACUAAACCUCAGUGGCGUUUGGUGAAUUUUGAAAAACGCGAUGGCAUUUGGUGUAUUUUUUAAGUGCUCAGUGACAUUUCAUGAAAUUGCCAUUUUUUUAAUAUUUAAAAAUAUUGUGCGGACAUUUUUGCCCCUAAAAAUAUUUAUUUGUCAACAACUAUUUGUAACAUAAGACUAAACCGAAACAACAACUCCUAAUACAUAACUAGUUAUGAUGCGCGCAUUACGCACGUUAACUACCUUAUUAGCUCCAAUAAAAUUACAAAUUAUCAUAUGACAUGCAUAUCAUAGGUUAUUAUAGAAUA